AGUUAGAGAGAGAGAGGAACAGAGAGAGAGUGCAGUCAGUCAGAACUCGCUGUGUAUGAGUUCAGUUCCUCUGCGCUGAUCAAGAUGAAGCUGUGUUUGAUCCUCGUCUGUGCAGCUGUUCUCCACACAGAGGCUAAAUUUCAGCACAUGGACCUCGCAUUACACCUGUGCUCUGAGACAGAGAAAGAGAAGAUAUACGGAGUGGAUGGAGAAGAAACGUGGCACGCAGACUUCAUUCAGGGGAAAGGAGUGAUGACCCUGCCAGACUUUGCAAAUCCUUUAUCCUAUGGAGAAGGAGCCUAUCAGGCCGCUGUUGCUGAUGUGGACGUCUGUAAACACAACUUGGCUGUUAUUGUAAAAGCUACCAAGAGCCCCGCAGAACCGAAAGUUGCUCCUCAAACCUCCAUCUACUCAAAGUCUGAUGUGGAGCUGGGCGCUAGAAACACCCUCAUCUGUCACAUCACUGGAUUCUACCCUCCUCGUGUUGGAGUGCAGUGGACCAGGAAUGAUGUGAAGGUGACGGAUGAAGCUUCUCUCAGCAGAUAUUACGUCACUGAUGAUGGAACCUUCAACCUGAUCUCCACUCUGAGCUUCACUCCAGAGCAGGGCGACAUCUACACCUGCACUGUGGAGCACGUGGCCCUGACCAGACCACUGACCAAAACAUGGGAUGUGCAGGUGGCUCUGCCCAGUGUGGGUCCAGCUGUGUUCUGUGGAGUCGGUCUGGCUGCUGGACUGCUGGGAGUCGCUGUUGGAACUUUCUUCCUGGUCAAAGGAAACAACUGUAACUAGGCAUGUGACGAUACACUCAGCUCACGAGACGAGACGAGACGAGACACGAUAUUGGGUUCACGAGAACGAGACGAGACGAGAUUUUAAGAAAACUAAAAUGACAAAUUAUAUGACUGGACAACAGACUUGCACAUGCAUUUUGAAAUGUUUUAUUAUAACUCUUAACAUGCAUGAUGUAAGCAUGAACUUUUAAUAAACUUCUUCCUCUACAAAUUAAAAUUAAAAUAAAAUUUUAUAAAAGUUAAAAUAAAUAAAAUAAAUAUUUUUUCAAGUGCAAACAAUAUUAUGUGCAAAACAAAAAGUUCUUCUCUGUCAAUACAGAGUGUAAAUAGUGCAAACAGAGCCUGACCAAGUAUGUCACUGACAAUUUGCUGCAACUACACAGCCAUGUUCUUUUUUAAGAAUAUUAGCAUGUCCACAUUCUCUGGCAGCAGUUGGGAUCUUUGUGCAUUGAUUAUGUCUCCUGCUGUUGAAAAGAUGCGCUCACUUGGAACAGAGGUAGCAGGGACAGAAAGGCAUGCUUUGGCAAGUUGAGACAGCAAAGGAUAUCGGGAGCAGUGUUCUUGCCACCACUUCAAAGGGCAGCCACUGAGAGGGAUAGAUGCCUCUUUUCUGUAGUUUUCAACUUCCCUCUCUGCCUGUUUUGAACUGUUGGACCCCUCUGGCUCAGUAGAGAAAGAGUUCCCUAACAGGUCCUCAAGUGCUGUCUUUUUUGGAACAGGUCCUGUCACUUCGGGCUCAUCAUCUCUCACAGUCUCCUAUCUACUGUGUGUGGGACAGUGAGCUCCACCAGCUGCCCCUUCUUCCCUCUCCUCAGCUGUGGUCUUUAAACAGAAGAAACACUGGUGUUAAAUUUCAUAAGCAGCUAAGAGACACAAAAAUGUUUGGUUGACAUACACAAUACAACUUAAAGUGAUAUGUACCUGUUUUUGCAGCAACUGUUCUGCCUUGGUCUAGCUGAGGUAGAGUCCGGAACCUUGGGUCCAGUACAGUGCACUCCACCAGAUAGUUGAAGGCAUCCCCACUGUAUCUGUUUGCAAUAUUCGUGAGGAUUGCAGCCUUUGUGUUGGCCACAGUGGUGGAAUCUCCAUCAUUUGGUGUCAUGCUCUGUUCAAUCAUGCUCUUCAGUGGCGCAAUGAGAGACACUGUGGGACUCUUCUCCUCACACAACACUGUGGUGGCUGUCUUCAAAGGAUGCAACAGCUUCACGAGGUCUUCAGCAUCUCUGACAUCGCAGCUGUCAAGUGUGUCAAUGCUUUGGGCAUUUUGUCUUAACUCUGGGCUGGUGAGAGCUGCUGUUAUGGCAGCUUGCUGCUCGAGGUAACGAGCCAGCAUAUCCAACGUGCUGUUCCAUCGUGUCGUAACGUCUAUGAUUAACUUGUGUGAUGGCAAGUUUAGCUGUUUCUGCUUGGCAAUUAACACCGCGGUAGCCAUUGAACUUCAAUGAAAAAAAGCUGCAACACGUCUCACCUGCCCGAGCAAACGAGCGACACAGGGAACACCGAGGCCAGCUUGGUUUGCAAGAUUUAUAAUGUGCGCAAAACACUUAAUGUGCGGCUUCAAGCCCGCCUCGCGCACAGCCACGUCCAUAUUACGUGCAUUGUCAGUAACAAUAGCGAUGCCGUGGUUGGGUUUUUUAAGCUCCCAGUCAGUAACAGCUGUCUGUAAAACCUCAGCUAUGUUUGCCCCUGUGUGGGACUCGAAAAGUGGGCGAGUCUGUAGUACAACACUUUCCAUUUUCCAGUCACUGUUGAUUGUGUGGGCUGUAAUUGUGAUAUAGCUUUGUGUACCUCGCGAUGUCCAACCGUCUGUUGUUAUGGCAAUGCUUGCUGCGUCUUUCAGGAUCUGCACUAUCUUGCUCUUGGACUCUUCAUAGAGGUUUGGGAUCACUGUACGGGUAAAAUGUAUGCGUGACGGGAUACUUAGGUUCCAGUGUGUGAAGGAGUCGCCGAAAUCCUUGAUUUUCUACCACAGAAAAUGGCCCCAUAUCUGCUGCGAUGAAAACACCAAUGUCUCUAGUUAUUGCUGUGGCUCUGACGCUUGACUGUGGAAGUUGAGGUCCGAAUGUGUUUGUCAGCGUUGUCUGGCUUGUUUUCUUCACAGGUGCAGUUGUUGAUUUGAGUACUGUGCUGUGGUGGUGCUGUAAAUGUCUCUGCAUCGUGCUCGUAUUAGCCGCGGUGUACGGCAUUGUUUUCAUACAAUGUUUGCAUAUGGUCUGUGUCUUAUCAGUCACUCUCUUGCCAUCAUUUCCGCCGGGUACUCAAAAUGCUGACAAACAAACGAUUUGAAAGAGGCGGGGGCAUCUUCAAUAGUAAUACCUGUAUUUUCCGACGUCAUUCUGGCUGCUUGCUGGAUCACAAAUCCCGCGAGACAGAUUUUUAACGCGACGAGAAAUAUCGCUGAGAUACAUCUCGCGAGAUCUCGUCACACCCCUAACUGUAACUGAGAGUCUGACUGUAAACACCACAGAAAUCACCGCGUCUCUGUGCUCUAACUUUGUGGCCUAUUGUAAUCAAGCCUUUGCUACUCCACUUAACCUCUGUGCAGUAAAACAUGGUCAUUCUGAUAAACUGUUAUUUUCCCUCAACACUGUGUUCAGAUGUUCUGAAGACCUGGAAUGAUUUAGUUCACCAAAGUAAAUAAAGAGUAACGGAGUAACUCCACGACUAAUCUGACUGUUUAACAGCUGUUUUUCUCUGUAAGCUUAUUGUAAUGAAAUCUGCCGUUAAAUGAAAUGUACAGAAAACCAACUUUACAGAUCAAAUGUUACAAUAAGAAACACAAAUGUGAAAUAAAAUGAUUAAAGUGCUGUUUUAACUGUU